CCCAGAGAGCCACAGGAACAUUUCGCAGCUUGUCCGCAACCACGCUGACGAUGCCCCUGCCCGCUCACCCGCACAUCAGCCCGCAUGCAGCGAAGUCCGUCGUGGCCGCGUCGACGGCGGCCCUCGGUGCGCUCACCAUCGCUCUUCGGUAUUGGUACAGCAAACAGGGGCCCGGGGCGCACUCGGCGCUUGUUGGCGACCCUGCUACGGCCGCGAGACGCGUUACCGCGAGCGCGGAGGAUGAGUACGACUUUGACGAGUAUGACGUCGUGAUUAUCGGCGGGGGUACCGCGGGAUGCGCACUGGCGGCGCGGUUGACCGAGGACUCGUCUAUUCGAGUUAUGCUGCUCGAAGCAGGCAAGAGCUCUCUUGAUGAACUGUUUGCGACUGUCCCUGUGUCUUAUAGCCGAAUGUUCCAUACCACCCUUGACUGGGAACUGUGGACUACACCUCAGGAACACUCGGGUGGAGUGGCCAAGUAUUGGCCGAGGGGCAAACUACUAGGAGGCUGCAGCUGCCUCAACGCUAUGGUGUUCCACAUGGCCGCACCUGAGGAUUACAACGAAUGGGCCCUGGCUCAGAAGGGCCAGGAGGGGGCCAAUGGCUGGUCAUACAACGAGUUCCGAAAAUACAUGCUCAAAUUCGAGAAGUACCUCCCAAGCGCCAGACAUCCAAAGGUGGAUGCAUCCCUGCGCGGUGAAUCCGGACCUGUGGAAGUUGGCUUCUUCGGGCACCAGGCCGAAGGCACGCCUAAAUUUAUCGAGGCCUGUGCGAACGCGGGUAUCCCAGCAGUCCCGGACGUCAACACAGCUAGGGGGACCAUGGGUGUUACAAAAGUACUGACGUUCAUCAACUCAAGCGGCAGACGAGUGACAACAGAGUUCGCAUACCUGACUCCAGAAGUCGUCCGCAGGCCCAACCUGAAGGUCGUCACCCAUGCGCACGUCACUCGCGUCCUCUUCGACACCUCAGGUGCCACCCCUCGGGCUGUCGGCGCCGAGUUCACACAGCCUGGUGGAGAGACGUUCCGGGUCAAAGCCAGGAAGGAGGUCGUGCUCUCUGCUGGGGCAGUGCACACACCCCACAUCCUUAUGCUCUCCGGAGUAGGCCCGGCGGAGCACCUGCGCGAACACAAUAUUCUCGUCGUUGUGGACCUCCCGGGUGUUGGUUCGCAUCUUAUGGACCACCCCGUCGUUGAUCUGCACUUCCGCGACAAGUCCGAGUCGAGCAUCGCGUUCGUGGCGGGAAAGUCGCUCGCGUCCCAGCUGAAGCUCAUACCUGCGCUCCUGCAGUACCGCCUUAAGGGCAGCGGGCCUCUCACCUCCAACAUAUGCGAGGCGAUCGCGUUCGUGCGCUCGACGGACCGCAGCCUCUUCCCUCUAGAGGAGUUCCCGCCGGAGACGGAUCCCGAGGACACGACGUCCGGGCCCGGCGCGCCUGACCUUGAGCUCUUCUUCACGCCGCUCACGUACACGAAGCACACGGGUGGCGCACUCCCGCCAGGUCACUACUUUGGGCUGCACGCAGUGCUCCUCAGGCCAUCCAGUACGGGCACCAUCAGGCUAAAGUCAAACAACCCCUACGACGCCCCCAUCAUCGACCCCAAGUACCUCUCUACCCAACACGACGUCUCCGUGCUCGUACGCGCCCUGCGCCUCCUCUCCCGCAUCGCGCACACCGCCCCUCUCUCGGACAUGCUCGACCCCGUCGCUGCAGACGAUCCCGCACUCGACCACGCGCUGCACACCCGCGACGACUCCGCGCUCGCGGAGCGCGUGCGCCGUACGGCGGAGACGCUGUACCACCCCGCAUGCACCGCGCGCAUGGCGCAGCGCGCGGAAGGCGGCGUUGUCGACCCGGCGCUGCGCGUGUAUGGCGUUGAGGGGCUGCGUGUUGUGGACGCGAGCGUGUUUCCGACGAUUGUUAGUGGACAUACGGCUGGGCCGGUCAUCGCGGUUGCGGAGAAGGGCGCGGAUUUGAUUAAGGCCGAUUUGGCCAAGCCUAAGGCGUGAGCUGGGGAACAGGGCGGAGCGUCACCUGUAGUUAACGGGGUGCUACGAACAUGCGUUAUUUUCUGCGUGCGCGGACCCUGGAUUGAUUCCAGACCGCUGUAAUGUAUAUUAUACUGACAAGAAUUUUCAACCUUGACAAAUUC